UCUCUAAACCUUUAAUGCCAUCAAACUAAAACCUUCAAACAUGAAGCUUUUCUUUGCCACCUUUGCUAUCCUUGUCCUCUUCACUUCUGCUUAUCUUCAAGCCGCAAUGGCUGGCUCAGCCUUCUGUGACUCGAAGUGCAAGGUGAGGUGCUCUAAGGCAAGUGCACAGGAUAGGUGUCUUAAGUACUGUGGUAUUUGCUGCAAGGAAUGCAAUUGUGUGCCUUCUGGGACCUAUGGGAAUAAGGAUGAAUGCCCAUGCUACAAGAACAAGCUUAACAAGAAGAAGAAGCCCAAGUGCCCAUGACUAUGAGCAAUCUAUUUCUUCAACUAUAUUAUAUAUAUACAUACAUAGCUAUAUAUAUAUAUAUAUAUACAUUUAUCUGCUGUUGAGUUUGAUGUGAAAAUAAUGAGUGUAUGCACUUAUUGUUAUCAGCAUAUGAACCAGAGGCUUUGAAAA